AUGUUGGCACGUGUUUUAAAGCCAAAUGUAACUGCAGUUGCAAAACGUGCUAUUAUUACAAACAAUCUUCCUUUGGUUGAUUCUCGUCGAUAUAAAAGUCAUGGUAGUCACGAAGUACAACAUGGUGAUCAUCAUGGUGAAGUAGAUCAUCAUCAUGGUCAUCAUGAUCCAUAUAAAACACUUUAUGAACGUUUAUGGCAACAUAAAGCUACACUUGAUUGGUUACCAAAACCAGAAGGUAAUUGGCAAGAAAUUAAUGGAAAAAAACAAGCACAUUAUAAUACAAUACUUGCCAGUGGUAUUGUUGCUGUUGCAUUAGCUUAUAUAUAUUUAAGAAUGGUAAUUGUACCAAGAUCAGGUGCAUUAACUCAACCUCCAUAUCAUCUUAUUGGACAUGAAGACUUUCCUGGUUCAAAAUAUGACGAUGCAACUGGAGGAAAGAAACAAUAA